CCGGCGUGCUGCCAGGACAUCCGCUGUCCAUCUCCUUGUUCAAGUGAACAUGAAGGAAAUCCCCGAAAACGAAUUGGAACAAAAUCCUACUCCUAUUAUUGAGGAAGAAUUGCCACCUAAUCCUUUCCUUAUUAGCGAGGAUCAGGUUAACGAAGUGAGGCGCGUUCAAGCAGAGCGAUUAGCCUUGUUAGCGAGAGAAUGUAGCAAGGAACCGCGGCCAAGUAGCGAUGUGUACGAGCGAAUUCUUGCUCAGUUGGCCAGAAGGUUCGAAAUCGUGGACAAAUACCGUGUGUCGAACUGCAUGGUCCUCAAAGCAGGAUUCACGGCGUGGAAUGCUCUCUUAGCCUACGUCCUCGGCAGACAAGAUCUCAUCGACGGUCAUCAAACUUACAUGAUGAGCCGAGUCCUGAAAGGCAGCAGUGCGAAAUUCUCAUCGAUAAACAGCUCUCCGGAUUUCAUGAAGUUCGUCGUAGCGAGGGAACCUCUGUCGCGCCUUCUGUCGGCCUACAGGGACAGGAUCGAUGCAGCGUACGAGACGGGGGCUGCCAAUCGCUUUAUUCCGCUGAUUUUGACCCUCACGAGGGGGAUGGGGUACCAACAAACCUACGACAACGGCACCAAGGUCAUGCCUACCUUCGAGGAAUUUCUAAGGUACAUCGCCUCCGUGGCCCCCGAAUCGCACGACCCUCACUGGAGACCAAUAUCCCUGCAGUGUGGUGCCUGUUACGUCAACUUCACACUCAUAGCCCACGCCGAAACCCUCAAUGAAGACUUAGGCUACAUCCUCAGAGAGACGGGGAUGGAGAAAGACGCCGACUACACCAUACUCCUGUACAAUUCUCACAAGGGCAGAGGCAACACGAGCGACCUUCUGGAGAACUAUUACCGCACCGUCAGUCCUCAACUUAUGCGGACGAUCCUUGCGAUCUACAGGAAGGAUUUUACAAUGUUUGGUUACGAUCCCUCGGAUUUCCUGAAGAAGAUGUACCCAGACGGCAGCGUGGUGUGGAACCCUGAAGUCUGAGCGCCCCUUUCGCAAGACGUAAGGGACUGACAACAAGGGUAUUUGGCGUGGCACUUCUAAAAUGGUAGUUUUAACAUUAUUCGGUGUCCAGUGUGAAGUCGUGAAUCAAAAAUGAAUUGAGAAUCACAGUUUUAUAUUACUUUUAUUCCUACGGUUCUGUUUACUAUUUGUUGCAGGUAUUAAUCCUUGUACUACCUUUAUCAUUCUUCAUCGUAUUGUAUUUCUAGAGUGUGUGUUAUAAGAUGGAGGGAGCCUGAAUUCCCCACACCACGAGAAAGCAGUUCCCUUUAUUGUAGAUGGCAAGAUG